AGACAUUUGCUACAUCUUCCCUCACAUAAUGUCUUCGACCUAUUGCCACUUUCCCCUGUUGCUUUCGCUACUUCUCCUUUCUGCUGCCGUUUCGGCCGCACCUCAUCUUAAUCGGAUACCAAAGCUGAGUUUAUUGCGGGAGAUCAGUUUCCUGCAGGACUCCCGAAGCACGGUGACGGAAUCUGUUAUUAAUGAUGAGAACUGUCUAGCCGAAAGAAACAGUGAGAACUGCAUUUCCUUCUUUAACCAGACGCUCGAUCACUUCAACUACAGGCCCGAGAGCUACACGACUUUCAAGCACAAGUACGUCAUAAACUUCAAGUACUGGGGCGGUGCAAAUUCCAGCGCGCCCAUCUUUGCCUAUCUCGGGGCCGAGGGACCGCUGGCCCAAGACAUACCUGUUGUUGGAUUUCUUACCGAUAAUGCCCCUCAAUUCAAGGCUCUUAUACUAUACAUAGAGCAUCGAUUUUACGGGGACUCAAUUCCAUACAAUUUGAGUCUAGCAGAAGCGCUCAAUAAUACCGACACCCGUGGCUAUUUCAACUCGGCUCAAGCUUUAGCCGACUAUGCAACCGUCAUCACUCACGUGAAGAGAAAAUUGGGCGUGCAUAAAUCCCCCGUAAUUGUCGUGGGAGGAUCGUAUGGAGGAAUGCUCGCUUCAUGGUUCCGACUAAAGUACCCGCACAUUGCUCUGGGGGCUUUGGCUUCGUCGGCUCCGAUUCUUCUCCCCGUCAACUUCACCCUGCGCUAUGGUUAUUAUACCAUUGUCAGCAAUGUUUUUCAGGAAAUUAGCCAGACUUGCUAUGAAACGAUAAAUAUAUCAUGGUCACAAAUCGACCAAUUAGCCUCCACGUCCCACGGACUCCAGAAUCUGAGUGAGACAUUCAAAACUUGCAGGCCAUUGAAAUGUGCUUCUGAGCUUAAGAACUACCUGAUCAAUAUGUACAUCGAUCUCGCUCAAUACAACAAUCCGUUCAAAAAUCAAGUGGCUAAGCUCUGUGAUGUCAUGAAUAGCAAUCCAAGUUUGCCCACACUUGAGAAAAUAUUCGCGGGAGUGGUGGCUACUUAUGGUAAUGUCAAAUGCUACGUUAAUGCAACAAGCAAUGAUCCUUCGGGUUGGUCAUGGCAGAUAUGUAGUGAUAUUAUGAUGCCACUGGCCUGCAACAAUGAGACUAUGUUUCAGCCGUACGAGUGGACCCUGCGUAGCCACAAAAAUGAUUGCAAGAGCUUAUAUGGUGUUGCUCCUCGGCCCCAUUGGAUCUCAACAUAUUAUGGCGGUCAGGACAUAAAGCUGAUUCUCCAAAGAUUUGGGAGCAACAUCAUAUUCUCCAACGGGCUCAAGGAUCCUUUUAGCAGUGGCGGGGUCUUGACAAACAUUUCGGAUACCAUUGUUGCUGUUUAUACAGCCGAAGGUUCACAUUGUUUGGACUUACAUCCAAAGAGCACAAAUGUUUCCGAUCCCGAUCCAUAUUGGUUGGUAAAGCAACGGGAGACCGAGGUCGAGAUCAUGGAAAAAUGGAUCAGCACAUAUUAUGAUGAUCUUAAGAAAUUACAAGACAACUAGUGAUUGUCGAACGAGUUAUGAUCAAAGUAAUCAGCAUGCAAUAGUGCACGCCAUCGGCUAGGAAUAUUAAGAAGUUUUAAAUUCAAUUCUCGUCAGUGUGGCUACCUAUGUAUUUUUAUUUAGAAUUUCUAUUUCCUUGUAAUAAAGCCAAUGGCCUUCUUUAUAAUAAAACAUUAGAAAAAAAUAUAUAAUCAUAUUAAAUA